AUGACAACAUUACCGUUAAUUUUCAAGGAUCCAAAUAAAAGAAGCUGUCAAUUUUUGGUUGAUGGGACUUUAACAGCGCCAUCUACUGGCAGCAAAGUCAAUUUAUAUUCAAGAUUCCAAGAACGAUUGAAUUCAACUUCGAAUCUCGCUAAAAGCGAAUACGACGCAAGGACCUCAGAGGCGUUGAAUUCAAUUUACGAUCUGGCCAGCGUUAUCCUUAGCCAACAACUUAAGCAGGAACGAACAGAAUCUGAUUCUCAGAAUGGCAAUUAUGCUGACAAAUUGUUCGACGAAGCGAAUCUCUUUGGCAGGGAAUAUAUUCCCCCUCGAGCUGUUGCAUCAUCGGCGGCGGCAAACAUGAACGCUUCUUCCUCCAACGCUUCCGCCACCUCCAUCGGCAGUGAUGCAAAUGCUAAUAUUGCCGAAAAAGAAGUUCAGCUGAUAAAUAGCCCGGUGGUUGUGACAGAUGGAAAGGACCAAUUGGCCCAUGGACAAGCUCGUAAAAUACAAAAGGCAAGCCGCAUAUUUCGACGCAGUCUUCAUCGUCGUCCUGAAAAUUUCAAUUUGUAUCCCCGAAUGAGAACGGGUAAGAGGCAAAGUUCAAGGGCAAAACGACGACGACGACAGGAAAAACUAUCAUCAUCACAAUCUCAGGAAAGGCCAUAUUAUGCCCUAAUGGUUCAACAAAAAGUAGAGAAAAAUAUCGACGAUAACAACUACUCGAAAUUGAUGAGGGGGCUGACGACGACGACGACGACUGAGAGAAGCCUGGAGACUGGUUUCAUUGAAAAGACGAAUGAUUUGGCUGUUGAUAGUGGGUGCAAUGGUGACAGCAACAAACCGUUUGCUGCAUCGUCCUUCUCAAGCGUUAAGUGGCGAAGGAAAUUGCAAAUUGAUGGGAGAAAAAAUAAUAAUAAUUCACAAAAUUGUUGGUCCUGGCCAAUACUUUUUGGUGGAAAAGACCAAUCGAAUGGAUUGAUUCAAUCAAGCGAAGAUAUGGAUGAAGAAGAAAAUGGAAAGGAUGGAAUGAGGCAGCAACAUGAUUGUGGGGAAAUAUUGUCGAUAAAGAAUGAUGCAACACAUAAAUGCACACGAAGAAGUGCAGAUUCAUUUCCGGAAGUUUUUUCACGUCCAACAUCAUCAGCAUCAGUUGAAUCGAAUUCUGUGCCAAUUAUUGGAAGUGGUAAUGAACUAAAUGAGGCAAUCAAGAAUGCUAACAGUUUGUUGACAAAUGUACAGGGUGUUGCGAGUAAUUCAAAUGGACCAAUCUUCAGUUUCGACGAUUCUAGUCGUCGUGUUGGUAAGCAAACACAAACUAUGGCUGAAUAUCCUUUAAAUGGACUGAAUACAACAGGAAUAAAUACAGUAAUGGGAGAUGCAGGCGUAGCAAACAACUUUACUAAUGUUAUGGAAAAAGUUCUAGACGAAUUGGAAAGUCUUAAGCAAUGUAAAGCGGAAGAUGAUGAAAUGCAGCCAGAAGGAUCCCCAUGUGAUAUUUCCGGUUCAUGGAAUUCCGAAACAAUUGGUCUUCAAUUUCAUAUAUCAAUAACAAAUCCGUCAACAUCUUCGCGAACAUUUGUCGAAGGAAAAAAACUUGAUAUUGAAUUAGGAGAAAGAUUACCUCCAAGACGACACGAUUUAAUGGAUUGCGAUUGGUUUGUGUCAGGAAAUACUGUGAAACAAGUUGGUGGUCCUUUUUAUAUGACAGCUCAAAAGGCAGAUAGAUUUAUUGUGGCUACUUUUGCUGGUCUGUGUAAAACAUGUGGAGGCAUUCCAACAAUCUUUGGCUCAUGGACUUUUGUUUAUCCUGCAAACGAUUGUCAGGACAUUUCGCUAGCUGUGGAUAAUAAAAGGGAUAUCCUCCGGCGAGACACUUUAGAAUCCAAACGAAAAAAUCGUCGAGACCGUUUUAACUCAAAAACCAAAACAAAAUGUUCAAAAAGUUUAUUUUGAAUGCAAUAAUUUUAUUUAUUUAAUUAAAAAUGUAUUUUUACAAUAAUUUAAGAUUGAA